AUGGAGAAAAACAGGAUGCUGGCCCUAGCUGCAUCCUGGAAAAGGCUGCUGACAACGGCUCCCUCUGCCAGUGCUAAGCCAGGCGCUAUGGAAUCAGUAACAGUCCCAACAGAAGACCCCAGAGACCUGAGAGCCUGCCCUAAAGUCAGGGGCCUGGAGACGGCCCUGGAGACUAGCUCAGGUGGAAAGCCGGCCCGCCAUCAGAAGGCCAUCCCCAAAGCUCACCUAACUUUCGUCAUCGACUGUACUCGUGGGAAACAGAUCUCCCUGGCAGCACUCCCAGGGCCAUCCCGCGUCCCUAGUCCCAACCUAGGACCUGUCAUCCCUCCAAUGAAGACUUACAUCUUGUUAUGUGGGGAAAACCGGCCCCCCCGUAUAAAUCAGGAGGCUCCCCUAGGUGGGGGAGGCCUUGCCCAGACCAGGGGCCCCCUGCCACCCUGCAGAGAGACUACGGCCCCAGAUUCCUCUCCAACCAGCCCACCCUGCCUCCAGGGGGCUCCUGAAGCCAAGGGGAGCCCUGUGAAGACCGUGUCCUCGAGGUCUUCAGCUUGGGGGACGGUCAUAGUCUCGCUCAAAGCCCUCUCCUCCUGUGUCUGUGCGCAGGCUGAUUAA